CAACAUGGCGGACUUCAACGCACAAAGAUUGGCCAUGAUGGAGUCUAGGAAAAACUCAGGUGUGGCAACUACUAUGGUCAUCUUCAGUUUUGCCAUGUUGAUUCUGCCUGUAUCUUCUUAUUUCCUGAGCAAAGUAUGGGUAUUUGAAGCCUCCCUUGGAUACGACAGCAGUGACAGUUACUUCUAUGCAGCUAUUGUGGCAGUCGUAAUGGUUCAUGUGAUAUUGGCAGUGUUUGUGUUUGUAGCCUUCACCGAAGAUUACAGGUCAACACCAGCCAAACUGGAAUGAUGGACUUGUUAUAAACACAUGCAAGAACUAGCCGUUCUGAGUCAUCUUUCCUUGGCCCACAUGUGUGUGAGAGGGUUGUCUGGUGCAGCAUGAUGUGGGUGUGUCGCAGACAUUCAUAAACCCCUCUCUGAGAAACUUGUCUGGGUAAAUAGGAUGUGAUGAACAAGAUCUGAUGUAGCGAAAUGAUUCUAAUACGACAGUCCAUUCCAAGACUCCAGGGAUUUCAAGGAGUGGCUUGUGAAAUCAAUAGCUGUGUAUAUCCAAGUCAAAGUUUUGUUUUCAAAGUAAUCAGUUGCAUUGUACACAUACAGUAUGUUUAGAUAGGCUGCAGAACUGUAGACAGCAAUGUAACUAAGCCUACUGUAAAAUGUUACUUGACUCUUGAUUGGUGCAAGACUUUAGGAGAAGUCGUCAGGGUUUUUGAGAAAAGGUCGGUUUAGUAUAUAUGAAACAUGUAAUAUGAUCGUGUAAAAAGUGUUUGUAAUUUACCUUUGUGUAAGCCAGUUAUUUUUUAUUUUGUGUAAAAAGUUUUGAAUUUUUACCAUAUUAAGAAAGACUUUUGGGCUAUAUUCUGGGUUCACUUUUACAUGUAGGUCUGUUACACCAGAAAUCUGAAAUGUACAUUGCUCAUGGUAGCCAUCAUAUUUUAAUAGAUUAAGUAUAGUAAUUAUUGCGUAAUUAUGUUAUAAAACAAAUAGAACAGAUUCAUAUAUGUGUGAUAAUAAUAUAAACAGUAGAACAUAAUUCUGGUGCCACGUAAAAGGGAAUUUCACAGCUUGGUAACAUCAGAAUGAUCUUUAUAUACAGUCUGUGAUUGAGUUUAGCUCAGCACACGAACUCAACUACUGUCUACUGACAAUAGUUUCUAUUGCAUAGUGGCCUCUUUGGGUACUUGUAUAUAUGUGGCUACCUUUCCAGCUUGGAAAGUCUACCAGACAGUGUGACUUUGAAUUUUAGAGAAUUCAUUAAUGUGAAUUAUUUUAUGUUUUUCUCAAGCUUCAUUGUCUGCAAACAUUAACAUACCCAGUCUGUGUGUUUCUGAGAAAGUGGACAUUUAUUCCAGGAAACAUGAUGUUUCAUGGCAAUUCUUACAUGUACACACAGCUUCAGCAUCCAGUGUCAUUAUGUAAUAUAUAAUGUAUAACCACUGUCGCUUCUGUAGUGCAUUAAAGAGCAGUUUGGUAUCAUGCUGACUUGCCACAGAGGUGCUUUAGAUCAUGUUUAUUGUGCCAUUUGAUUUUUGGAUCAUUUGUACUUCACAUGCA